AUGGCUAAGGGCGGUGCGACGGCUGGGCGCGCACGCAAGGCUGCCGAGAAGGCCGACUACCCUACCCUGAAGCGUACGGCCGCUGCUACCCUCGAGAAACUCAAAAAAGCUCAGUUGGCGAAGCGUAGAGAGGGUCGAGUCCGCAAAUCGGCGGAGCAGGCCGCAGAAGAGGAGCGACAACUGUUGGCGCAAGAGCGAGUCCUGCGCGCCGAUCUGAAGAAGGAGCUUGGGGAGGAGCAGCGACGUAGAAUCGAGGCGGAGCAACGGGCGCAAGCAGCGACCGCACGCGAGCAGGCCUCGGAGCAUCAGAGGCAGCAGCAGAGGGCUGCUGAUGGAGAGGAGGUGGCGAUCGUCCUGACCCAGCUGGGAAACUUGCGGUUGGAGAAAAAAAUGCUUCAAGAUCAACAGCGCGAGAUGGUGGAGAUUUUUUGUCCACAAGCGGCAAGCGUGAUGGCGGUGCAGCAACAGCAGCACAACCGGAAUCCGCUGCUUUCCGCGAAAGACCAGCUCAUCCGCACCCGGAUGGAGGUAGAGCAAGUGAGGAGGGAGCUGGAGGCGACGUCGGCGUGGGGAAAGGUUGCCGAGACGAGAAAUGCUAAUUUGAAGAAAAAGAACGGGCGGGUCCGCCGUCGAAGCGGGCGGGUCCGCCUUCGAACCGGUGGGGUCCGCCAUCUAUGACCGGUCGGGCUGUGGGGUACUGGCUUUUUGUGUGUGCCAGCAGCCUCAGUGAGCGCAGUGACGGGUGUCCACCUCGCGCAUUGCUGCGUGAACGCGCUUGACCAUAUUUGUCCAGUCUGUUCGUGUGUGUUCGUGUGUCUUUAUAUUUUGAUUCAAAUUCCGAACGUUUUUAUUGGUCCAAGAAGGAAAAGCGCAGUCUUUUUGCCACGAAAAGUUCACCCGGUUUGGGACACAUUUUUGGCCUGAAAAUAGGGGUAACCCCAGGGUCUU